AUGACUAACUGCUCUCUGUCCCUAUCCUCCUCUCCAGUUUCCAGAAACCUCUGCUUUCUGGGUGCGGUAUUUUUUCUCGUCUGUGUUUUCUUUUAGGUAAGCGUCACUCACAAAUUAAUCGACACCAUUUCUUUAUUAAUUUGUUGCUGCUGCUUUCAUUUGUAUUCUCUCUUGGCUUGUCCUUCCUCUUUCUCUCCCGUGAGCUCAUCAUUGUGGAAUGUAGCUUUGCUCCCCACACACUGCCCACCAAAAAGAAAAAAAAUACACCUUCCUUUCUCUCUCACUCGACUCCCACCCUGCACCAAACAAAUCUCCGCUCAAUUUCCCCUUCUGGGUUUGCUUCCAAGUUCCGACCUUUCUCAGCAGCCGCUUUCAUUUCCCUUUCACGCUGCUGCCUCUUGGUUCGGAGGUAAACUGGAAACCCUCUUGGCCGCCAAAAAAGAAUCAGCUUUUCGUUGCUUUUGGUUCGUUUCUCAAGCUCUCUUCAGUUCUGCUGAUGUUUGUUUUUAUGGGAUUUGCCUUUGUGAGGCAGUUAUGGAGUCGGAGAAUGGUGAAGUCAAGUCGAAGAUGGAAGAUUAUGAGGUCAUUGAGCAGAUUGGAAGAGGAGCUUUUGGCUCCGCUUUCCUUGUUCUCCACAAAGCUGAGAAAAAGAAGUAUGUGCUGAAGAAGAUUCGGUUGGCUAAGCAAACCGAGAAGUUCAAACGCACAGCUCAUCAAGAGAUGAACCUAAUUGCCAAGCUAAAACAUCCAUACAUUGUGGAGUACAAGGAUUCUUGGGUGGACAAGGGGAAUUGUGUGUGCAUCAUGACCUCACACUGUGAGGGAGGAGACAUGGCUGUACUUAUAAAAAAAGCUAGAGGAGUUAUCUUCCCGGAGGAGAAAGUAUGUAAAUGGAUGACUCAAUUGUUGCUAGCUUUGGACUACUUGCACUCGAAUAGAGUCCUUCACAGGGAUCUGAAAUGUUCCAACAUAUUCCUCACCAAGGAGAAUGACAUCCGCCUUGGUGACUUUGGACUGGCAAAACUACUGAACACAGAAGAACUUGCCUCCUCGGUUGUUGGAACUCCCAAUUACAUGUGUCCUGAACUCCUGGCUGACAUACCUUACGGGUACAAAUCUGACAUCUGGUCACUUGGAUGUUGUAUGUUCGAAAUCGCAGCCCAUCAACCAGCCUUUAAGGCUCCUGAUAUGGCUGGACUUAUCAACAAAAUAAACCGAUCGCUGUUAUCUCCUCUUCCCAUUGUUCACUCUUCUUCAUUGAAACAAAUUAUCAAAAGCAUGCUCAGGAAGAAUCCAGAACACAGACCAACAGCUGCAGAACUUCUGAGGCACCCACAUCUGCAACCAUAUCUAUUCCGUUGCCGUAAUGCAUCAGCUGUUUUUCUUCCAAUAAUGUCUUUAAACAACUCUCCUGAGAAAUCAAGACGAAAAUCGUUGACUAGGCGGCUUAGUGGUGGAGGGCCCAGCAUUCCUGCGGUCAGCGGAGAGAUGGAUGAACAAAAUGAUCACAGCCCUCCCGAGAGAUCAAAUGGCAAUGCUACAUCAUCUGCUUCUAGUGCAGAUGACAGCCUCGACAUGAAGACAGCUGAUUCCAAAACAUCUGAUACAAUCACAGGUCCCAAAGAUUGUUCCACUGACUCCGAGAUCAGUGUCUGCAAUGGUGGAGGAGAGAAGCAAAGCGAUGAUUCGAGAGGUCAUCAAAAGGAUGUAAUUGAAACUGAAGUUGCCUCACCAAGUUCUCAGCAUGAACCACUAAAUGUGGAGAUCAAUGUUGUGACUGAAAGAGAAGAAGAUUUCAACCUACAGGCUUCUGAGAAGGAUCAAGUUGAAAUUCCAAAUGGCACAACAGAUGAAAAUUGCAGAGAAGAACCUGUUACCGAGGAGGCAUUGCUGUUGCCAGCUGCGAAUGAAGCUCCCUCCACGAAGUUGCAGCCAACACUGCUUGAAAACCAGCCAGAGUCGCCAAAACCAGUGCCCCCCAGAGUUCAUGCACUUGAAAAGGGUCUUUUAGAUCUGCAUCCAGCAGGUAAAGAUGAAAAUGGAUCGAAUCUGGAGAAGACUAGGAAUGAUGAUGAUCAUCACGGUGGAGAAGCAGCCAAUGAUGAGGCAGGGCCACUACCACCUACAGCAAACCACAUCUCGCUGCUACGAACGCUUGCAGCAAUAAACGAUCAGAAGGGGGAGUGGGGGACUCCAACCCAGCAAAGGGCCGAUGCGUUGGAGUCAUUGCUCGAGCUGUGUGCACGCUUGCUUAAACAGGACAAGGUCGACGAGCUUGCUGGCGUGCUGAGGCCAUUCGGAGAAGAAGCCGUGUCAUCGAGAGAAACCGCAAUUUGGCUCACGAAGAGCCUUCUUUCUCAGCACAAGUAUAAUGGAGAAGGCUCCUCAUGAAGAAACUGUGUCUAUACUUAUUUAUCUGUGUAUACAUGCAAAGCUGAUCACCUAUUCUUCACCAUCACCCAUUUAAUUUAUUCUGUGUGAGAGUGACAUAGAAGUGUUUGUGUUAGGUUUCUGGUAAUGUUUGAUGGUUUUGUCCUGAAUGGUUCUUCCACUUACCAGAGAGUGUUUGUAUUGUAUGACUUGUGAGCGUCGACGAAGAUUGAUUGAUUGAUUUCUUUCUGAUAAAUGUACUUGUCAUGUUGAGUUUAACGUAUAUUGAUUUUGAUGUUUAUAUUGAGUUUUCGAUAUGCUGGUAGUUUAAAAUGGCGUUUUAACCUGUAUUAUUAAUCAAGAACGAAACAAAUAAGAAAUGAGAGCAGUAUUUUCAGGAGAAUCAAACUAUAGGCAUUUA